AUGCGACCCAAUGGGUCAUCACUUUGCGUGCCCAAUGGGCACAUGAGCCCCUGCGAACUCGCUUCACCAAGCUUUUCUGCAUAUUCUGGCAUUGCCUUCAUACAUCUUCAAACACCAUUGCCAUCGCUUCCGUCCAAAACCACCAAACACGCCAACAUCCAACCACCACCAGCUCGUUUCUCCGGCGUUUCUCCAUGCAUCGCCGACGGACGCCUUUCAGUUUGUGGCUCCAGCAUCCGGAUCAAUCCCUCUCCGUGCAUCGCAGCCAUGGGCUGUUGCGGAAACAAGGCAAAGGUGCAGGAGCCAUCCAAGGAUUCCAAGGUGGAGACUCCCGCUGAGGCCGACACCAACCCCUCCGGUGGAGCUGAGCCGACUGAUGACCCAUCCGCGAAGGCGGGUGGGGAAGAGUGGGUGGAAGAGAUGGUGGGCAUCGACAAGGAGGCAACCAUUCAGAUGUUGGUUUGCAUCGAUUGGAUGGAAACGUCCGGCCGUACACCAGAACCUCUGCCCUCCCUCUCUGACACAGCACUGCGCAAUGCCAAGGCGGUUCGAAUCCCGGAGCACGUGGUGACGCUUGGCUCCUGGGCCUUUGACCGGUGCCUUCGUAUGAUUCUGGUGGAGAUCCCCAACUCCGUGACUUCCAUUCAAAACGAAGCAUUUUCCAACUGCAAAUCUUUGGCGAAAGUGGUGAUUCCGGAUUCUGUGGCUUACCUUGGGUCAGGUGCCUUUCGUCACUGCCAUUCUUUGGCCAGUGUGAUCCUGUCCAAGUCACUGACAGGCAUUGAAAGGAACACCUUCGAAGGUUGCGAGUCCUUGGUGGAACUGGCCAUCCCUGGUUCAGUGACAAAGAUUAUGCAAGAUGCCUUCGCAAAUUGCAGCUCUUUGGAAAGUAUCACAAUCCCAGAAUUGGUGGUCAAGAUUGGAGUGGGCUGCUUCCGGCGUUGCAGAAGUUUGUCAUCGCUGGCCGUCCCAAAGUUAGUGACGCAGAUUGAAAGACACGUUUUUGCAGAAUGCAGCUCAUUGAUUAGCAUUGUUCUCCCUGACUCUGUGAGCAAUAUUGGGCACAAUGCAUUUGGAAGCUGCAGCUCAUUGGCAUGCUUGACAAUCCCUGAGUCAGUGACACGCAUUGAAGAAGAUGCUUUUGCAAACUGCGGCUCUUUGGCGAAGGUGGUGAUUCCGGAUUCUGUGGCUUAUAUUGGGCCAGGUGCCUUCUGUCACUGCUGUUCUUUGGCCAGUGUGAUCCUGUCCGAGUCACUGACUGGCAUUGAAAGGAACACCUUUGAAGGUUGCGAGUCCUUGGUGGAACUCGCCAUCCCCAGCUCAGUCAGGUAUAUCAAGCGUUCAGCCUUCUUGGACUGCCUCUCCUUGCAAACUGUGAUUGUGGAAGGUUCAGUGACCCGGAUUUCGCAAGAAGCAUUUGCAAACUGCAGCUCUUUGACACAGCUAGUGGUCCCAAAGUCCCCGCGACUUGUUGAAGCUAAAGCUGCCAAUCUAUUGAGAAGGAACCAGUGCGAUUCAGUCACUUCCAUUGGGCUGAAGGCUUUUCAGAACUGUGGAUGCUUGCGCAGUUUGAGAAUCCCAGAUGCAAUCACAGAGAUCGAAGCAUUGGCAUUUGCAGAUUGCAAGGCGUUGUCAAGCCUUGAAAUGUCAAGCCGUGUGGCUCGGAUUGGGCCAAGUGCCUUUCGAAACUGCAGCUCUUUGGGUACUUUGCGACUACCUGAUUCUGUGCUGGAGAUUGGGUUUGGAUGCUUCCAUGGGUGCAGUUCUUUGAGCAAGCUACUCCUCCCCAAGUCACUGAAGCAGAUUGAGUCGUUGACCUUUUCCCGGUGCAGCUCGUUGUGCAGCCUGGUGAUCCCUGACUGCGUGACCCAGAUUGGGCAAGCCUUGUGUCAACACUGCAGCUCCUUGAAGAGCGUUGUGAUCUCCAACACUGUGACUCGGAUUGAGCCCUUGGCCUUUGCAGACUGCACAGCUUUGGUUGAGCUGACGCUCCCAAAUUCCCUCGUGCGCAUAGGGAGGGCAGCUUUUGUAAACUGUAGCUCGUUGGCAUGCUUGACGAUCCCUGAGUCAGUGACACGCAUUGAAGAAGAUGCUUUUGCAAACUGCGGCUCUUUGGCGAAGGUGGUGAUUCCGGAUUCUGUGGCUUAUAUUGGGCGAGGUGCCUUCUGUCACUGCUGUUCUUUGGCCAGUGUGAUCCUGUCCGAGUCACUGACUGGCAUUGAAAGGAACACCUUUGAAGGUUGCGAGUCCUUGGUGGAACUCGCCAUCCCCAGCUCAGUGAUGCAAAUUCAUCCAGAAGCCUUCACAGGCUGCAGAUCACUCGCAGACAUGCCUUCCAUUCAGCCGGCAUCCGAGAUGCCAGGGGGCUACCGCCGAUCUGAAAAGAGUGAAGAAAACCGCUUCGCAUGGAUCGGCUCGCACGUCCUUGGCUUGGAUCUGCUCGCAUUGCGUCGUAGCGGGAGCUUGUCCGACCCCACUCGGGAACGCAUGGAGAGAUGUUGCGUCGCGAUGGGAGCGAUAGACCAAAAUCAGUCUACCAAUCAAUCUGCCAGAGUUUUUGUUUAAAUAAGUGACGUCACUAUAGCAUGCAGAUGUUUGGAUGAAUGAAUUUGGUGUACCACUCACCAGUGGAAACUCGCAGUAUCCAGACACAUGUGUUUUGUGUGUGUGUGCGUGUGUGCGCGUUCUUGUUUCCAAUUGGACGACAUCGCUGAACACGAGUUUUAAAGUGGCAAUCUGGUUUAGACAAAACAUGGG